AUGUCUUUGCAAAUCUUAGUUGUUGCGCCAAGCAGGGACAACAUUCAGAAGCACGUCAAUUUUGGCGUGCUGCAAUGUAGGCGCUCCUCCAUUGCGUCGUCGCUUCUCAAACUGGACAACGUGUUCUCGCCAGUGCUCACGCAGUCCACUCAUGCUGACAAUGGCUACGAUUAUGUGACCCUCGCCGAUUUGGCUGGCCGACCAUUGGACGAGUCUGCCUAUGACCUGGUUUUGUUGGUCGCCGAAUCUGGAUUUUGCAGGGUUGGAGAGGAUGUCUCGCCCAUUUUAGAGAAGUUGCACGACAGUAUGAAGGGCGACGGCACCUUGAACGUAUUGCUCCCGCCUAGCAAUUCGAAUGAACAUGUAUUGAGGAAGGAGUGUCUAUACAGCGGUUUUAUUGACGUGACGGCCUUCGACCACAACGGUUUCAGAUGGGUCAGCGGCAAGCGGCCCAAUUGGAAGCUAGGCAGCUCAUCCGACACGUCAGCAGCCGUCUCAGUGGCGUCGCUGGACGGUUAUGUACCCUCCGCCCCCGCGGCGGAAUCAUGCAGCACGAAGCCCAGAGCUUGCGCCAACUGCACUUGUGGCCGCGCCGAGAGGGAGCGUCUGGAAGCCGAAAAAUUGGUAUCCGAUGUAGAUGCGCCCACAUCUGCGUGCGGCAACUGUUACUUGGGUGACGCGUUCCGUUGCGCUAGCUGCCCAUACCGCGGCCUCCCCGCCUUUACGCCCGGUGAAAAAGUUGUGCUAGAUUAG